AUGAAGACUUUAGGCGAUAUUAUCGCAGAGCACGAUGUGAUUGAAUAUGUCACGCCUGCCGACGACCACAUGGGUGAUGCCAGUGAUUCCGAUGUCGCUGAAGCCGCCAUUGGAGGCGACUCCACCAACGAGUUGCCGCCCCGUUACUACUUGAGUCCUCAAUUCAUUGCGACCUAUUUGUCCUUUGGACUCAGCUUCGGCGCCAGCUUCCUGGGGUUUGUGAUGCCUGCCAACAUCCUGUACACGGCCAUCAACCCUGACAUUGGCCCGGAUCCGAAUAUCAUCUGGGUGAAUCUGUCAUUCACCUUGUGCCAGAGCAUAAUCUUCCCUGUUGUGGGUCGGCUCUCAGAUGUUUUUGGGAGACGCUGGUUUUACAUCUGUGGUAAUGUGGCUGCGUUGAUUGGCCUCCUUAUCUGUGGACGGGCGUCCAACGUGUCUAUGCUUAUUGCCGGAAGCACUCUAUCUGGAUUAGGAGGAGGCGUCCAGAAUCUCGGUCCAUUCGCUGCCAUCGCCGAACUUGUUCCCUAUAAACACCGUUUUACUGCCAUUGGGUGCAAUGCGGCAAUGCUAGGGCCAGUCCUCGCCUUAGCGCCAGCAAUUGCUGGAUCAUUUGUCGCCCACACCGAGCAAGGCUGGCGAUGGUGCUACUAUUUCAAUGCCAUUUUGUCUGGAGUGGCAGGGCUGUUGCAAUUAUGCUUCUAUUUCCCACCUGCCUUCAAGGACUUACAUAAAAGACGCACGCUUCGAGAGGCAUUGAGAAAGUUCGACAUUGUUGGUCUUGUGCUUUUCGUCAUUAGUGGCGCAUGUCUUCUCUUGGGGAUAUCCUGGGGUGGUCAAAGAUAUCCUUGGAAGUCCGGACCUGUCAUUGGCACGAUUGUUAGCGGAGGUGUUGGAGUCGUCAUUCUGCUGAUCUAUGAAGAAAAGUUUGCUGGCGAUGAACCACUGAUCCCCAUGUACCUAUUCAGAAACCGAGGCUUUGUCACGAUGACAAUGUGUAGCUCUUCGGGCUCAAUGGUCUUCUAUGCCCUCAGCGUGCUCUGGCCGGGUCAGAUACAUGCACUGUUUACACAGUCACCAACUCUGAUCGGCUGGUUGUCGUCUACACUGACUAGCGGGAAUGUCAUUGGACAGCUUGGUGCCGCCAUGCUUGCGAAUCGCAUUCGCUAUGCUAAGCAACAAGUUAUCUUUUGCUCGCUCGUCUUUACAGCCCUCGUUGGUGGUAUGGCGGUGAUUGACCAAAAUCGAGAAGCAAUGGCAGUCGCUUUUACCUUGUUGAUCGUUGUCGCUAUAGCGUGGAUGGAGAUCCUUGUCUUGUCCGGUGGCCCCAUGAUGGUGCACGAGUCUGACGUUGGCAUUUCCAGUGCAUUGGAAAUGAUGUUGCGCAACUUCUUCUCCACCAUCGCCAUAUCCAUUUGUGUCACAGUCUACACGAACAAGUUGACAUCAAACCUUGCAAGCUACGUGGCAGAUGCCGCGCUAGCAUCCGGGCUGCCGCAAUCAUCACUCCCGUCAUUAUUCACUGCGGUGGGCGGAUCAGAUCCUUCGGCCAUAAAAGCAGUUCCCGGUAUGACACCUUCAAUACUCCAGGCUGUCAGCGAUGGAACGACCACUGCCUACGUCAAGUCAAUUUCGAUGGUCUAUCUCAUAUCCAUCACUUUCGGUGGACUGAUGAUCAUUUCUGCCUUUCUGACCCCGGCAUUCGACGACAAGUCUACUUCGAGGAUCGCAAGAAGACUUCAAAACGUUGACAAUAAGGCUAAACUUAAUGCUGAAGCUGAGCAAACUGCCUAG